AUGGAUAUGACGGAUCUUCUCCCCACCCCCCUGACUGUGGGCGGACACCAUGCAGGGCCCGCCCCCUGUCCCCGAGCGGGCCGCGCGGCGCGCGGAGCCCGGGCGCCAGGGAACAGCGGCCGCCAGAGCCCCGAGCCCAGGCGGGUGCCCAAGUGGUCGCCCUCCUCUCUCUCUCCUGGGAGUGAUGGCCGGGAGGGGGACCCGGGAGACCCUGACAGGGGCCCCUCAGAGCCCAGGAUCCCCCAGGCCAGGGCCCAGGAGGAGGUGGCCCUGAGAAGUCCGGCGGUCCCAGCGAUGCUUCCGAGGCUCGUCUGGCCCUUCCUCUUUCUUCUCUGGGGCCUCCCUCUCCGCGCGGCCCUCCGGGAGCCUCUCCCGGUUCCCCCCUUCCCGGGGCCCGAGUGGGACCUGCUCUCCCCCCGGGUGGCCCUGUCUCGAGGGGCCCCUUCGGGGCCCCCGCUCCUCUUCCUCCUGGAGGCCGCCCCGGCCUCGGCGGUCGCGGCCAACAGGAGCCGGAGCCGGCGGGAGGCCGGCCGUCGGGGCGAGCUGGCCGUGUGUGACGCCGUCAGCAGCUGGGUGACGGACCGCCGCACGGCCGUGGACCUGCGAGGCCGCGAGGUGGAGGUGCUGGGGGAGGUCCCGGCGGCCGGGGGCGGGCCCCUGCGCCAGUACUUCUUCGAGACCCGCUGCAAAGCGGCCGCGGGUUCCGAGGGCCCGGAGGGCGGGCCAGGCUGCCGGGGCGUGGACCGAAGGCACUGGGUGUCGGAGUGCAAAGCCAAGCAGUCCUACGUGCGCGCGCUGACUGCCGACGGCCAGGGCCGAGUGGGCUGGAGGUGGAUCCGCAUCGACACGGCGUGUGUGUGCACCCUGCUCAGCCGGGCCGCCGAGGGCGGGCGCGCCUAAGGCGGGCUG